GAGCUCUCAGUCCCGCUGUGUCGAUGCCGUGGAGCGACCGGGGCCUCUCUCAUCCGCGUAUUUACCGGAGAACAGCGGAUAAACACCGUGUUUAUGGAGGAAACAUCGCGGCCGAGGGUGAGAAUGUGUGAAUAAAUCAUUUCCAGCUCCGUUAUGUAAAACUGCGCGGCCGUUAUUUUCGUUGGGGCUAACGGACGGGCUCGCGCUCGGUACGCUCGCGCUCGAUGUGCGCGUGCCAGGCCUCGAGCGCAGCUUUUUAAAUCUCUAACGGUCGUAACGAACCCAACGGAUUUCUUCAUUAUUUCACUCAGCAGAAGAUCUCACACGCUCGAGUGUCUUGAGGCUGCAGUUCCACUCAGGUGGCUUCUUUGACUACAAGGACGCUCGUGAAUGGGAUUCAUCUAACCUCAUCCUGCCAAGCUCCUGCCGUUCUUCAACCAAUGGAGCACCACUGUGCCGGGGUCUAACAGAAAAUGACUAGAAAGAAAACAGAACCGUUUUUCUUUACAUCGUUUAAGCUCUUUAUGCAUUUUGUUGAAGCUGAAAGUCACAGAAGUGCUUGAAUAUGGCUGAACUUUAAGGACCUCACUGGCAUCAGAGGCAGGAACCCUCAUACUGAGGGCCGAGUCCAGCUUUCUGACCAGUUAAACGCUUCUUUGUACAAUGUUACGAGGUAGAAUGAAAGUGGAGAGGUCUCGGAGUCUCAUAAUUGACCCCCUGAACAUGUGUUUCUAGAUGAUUAACAGCCCCUAGAGACAGUGGAGGACUUUCAAAGGGGUUGUUGGCCCUUGUCGGGUCAAGUCCCAAUUCCCUUAGGCCAGAUUGGCCUUUUUUCCUUUGGCCAUCCGUUCGACCCAGCUUUCACCAUUCGCCCCUCGCUGGCCACAGCCGUCCUCCCUCCCCGUUCCCGCCCACACCAACCCAUCCCUACCCCUCAUCCCACCCCCAGCCACCCCUCCCCUCACCCCUCCAUGGCCACCGCCACGGCCCGAGAGCACCUCCUGGUCGUCCGGAGGCGCAGCCCGCACAUGCGCUACACGCUGGGACCGGAGAACCUGCGCAGCAACGGGAGCGCCGGCGGAUCCAGACCGGGCGGCGGGUCCGAGGCCAUGGGCCUGCAGCGGGCGAACAGCGACACGGACCUGGUCACGUCGGACAGCCGCUCGUCCCUCACCGCCUCCACGUAUCAGUUCACCCUGGGACGAGGGCAGAACCUCAUCAUCUCCUGGGACAUCAAGGAGGAGGUCGAUGCCACCGACUGGAUCGGGCUGUUCCACAUCGAUGAGGCGUGUCCGGCUAACGUUUGGGACUCGAAGAAUCGUGGCAUCAAUGGUACCCAGAGAGGCCAGAUCGUCUGGAGACUGGAGGCCGGGCCUUACUUCAUGGAGCCCGAAACCAAAAUCUGCUUCAAAUAUUACCACGGAGUGAGCGGAGCCCUGAGAGCCACGACGCCCUGCAUCACGGUGAAGAACCCCGGAGUGCUGGCCGGGCCGGAGGGACAGGUGGAUGGUCAGUCUGUGACGGAGCACUGCCGGAAACUCGUCAGCUUCACACUGUCAGAUAUUCGGGCGCAGGGUCUGAAGAAGGGCAUGUUCUUUAAUCCUGAUCCAUAUCUGAAGAUGAGCAUCCAGGCAGGCAAACACAGCGGCUUCCCCGCCUUCACACACCACGGCCAGGAGAGACGAGCCUCCAUCAUAUCCAACACCAUCAACCCUGUGUGGCACGCAGAGAAAUACACCUUCGUGGCGCUCCUGACUGAUGUGUUGGAGAUCGAGGUGAAGGACAAAUUCGCCAAAAGUCGGCCAAUCAUCAAGCGCUUUCUGGGUCAGCUGACCAUACCGGUGCAGAGACUUUUGGAGAGGCAUGCAGCAGGAGAUCAGCCAGUAAGCUACGCGCUGUGCCGCCGCUUGCCGUCGGAGCACGUGAGCGGACAGCUUCAGUUUAUGGUGGAGAUCACAUCUACAGGACAUGAGGAUGUUCUGGGUUCACUCCUGGGCGCUUCGUCUUUAAACGGCGACCCAGGUAGCCCGUCUGACGACGAAGACGUCGCCCCUCCUCCCUCCCGCAUCCACAGGGCCGCGUCUCCGACGGGCUCCGAAGGCUCUCUGCACAACGAGGCCUACAGAACUGACGAGGGUCCGGCAGAACCGGACGAGGACCAGACUCUGAGGGACCUGCCUGCUGAUUCUGGACACACCCAUAGGCAGUCCUCUCUAAACGACUACCUGGACGCCAUAGAGGCUCCGAAGGGACCAGAGGACCGUCCGCUGGGCGCUGCUUCGCCCAAGCUGCGCUCGAGCUUCCCCACCGACACGAGGCUCAACGCCAUGCUGCACAUCGACUCGGACGAGGACGAGGAAGGACACGCCUCUCAAGCGGUGGGGCUGACCAACGGAGUCCUGAGUCAACAGGAGCAAAGGGAGAGGGCUAAGAAGGAAGGGGAACGGAGUUGCCCCGAUGAAGCCUCGAGUAGUAGCACGACGAAUAGUCAAAAUAGUGGAACGGAAGGGAACCAGGAGGGAGCGGCGAGUGCGGCGGCCUCGUCCCAACCCAGCUCAGCUUCUCAGCCAGCAACUCGAGAUAAAGAAGGUUCUGUGUCCACGGAUGGAACGAGCGAGGAGGUGUUUGUACCAAACGAAGCGGCCGCUUCUGAACCGUCGGCAACUAACGGCGCUGUAGCUACCGAAGAACGAGGGGCUUCAGGAGGCAACCAGUCAGAGCCGAAUGGUUUAGAGGGUAACGGAGCCGAUGGGAGGGAGGUGGGCAGGGACGUCUGGCGGAGGAGGCAGAGCCUGCAGCCAGCGGGGCGGGAGUCACGGAUGGAAGAGGUGGAGUCAGCGGAAAGGCGAAGGGCCAGUUCAGUGGAAACCAACGGCAUGUCAGGUGCCACCGCUCAGGUAAACGGUCUUCAGCCGGUUCGCUCGCUUCCAGCUGUGCGUCACGAUAUAAGUCGCUACCAGAGAGUGGACGAACCUCUACCACCAAACUGGGAGGCUCGGAUCGACAGCCACGGCCGAGUCUUCUACGUGGAUCAUGUGAACAGAACCACCACCUGGCAGAGACCCACCGCUCCUCCUGCUCCUCAGGUCUUACAGAGAUCCAACUCCAUCCAGCAGAUGGAGCAACUCAACCGCCGGUACCAGAGCAUCCGGAGGACGAUAACCAACGAACGGACGGAUGAGCAAGCAGCCGAGAUGCCUCCCUCUGAUGAUACGGACCUGAUGCAUCAGACCAUUCCUGAGUACCGUAGAGACGCGGUGGUGGGAGCUGCUAACUCUCGGUCGCGCCUGUCUUUGCUGCUGCAGUCACCCAGCGCCAAGUUCCUCGCCAGCCCCGACUUCUUCAGCGUACUCCACUCCAACCCUAGUGCCUACCGCAUGUUUACGAGCAACACGUGUCUGAAGCACAUGAUCAGCAAGGUGCGGCGGGACGCGCAUCACUUGGAGCGUUACCAGCACAACCGCGACCUGGUCACCUUCCUCAACCUGUUCGCCAACAAACAGCUGGAGCUGCCGCGCGGCUGGGAGAUGAAACACGACCACACCGGCAAGCCUUUCUACGUGGACCACAACUGCCGCGCCACCACCUUCAUAGACCCUCGGCUGCCCCUGCAGAGCGCCCGGCCCAGCGGCCUGCUCGCCCACCGCCAGCACCUGAGCCGCCAGCGCAGCCACAGUGCCGGAGAGGUGGUUGACGAAUCACGUCAUGCCGGCCCUCCUGUCCUGCCCCGGCCUUCCAACACCUUCAACACUGCCAGUCGAGGCCAGGAUAUAGUACCUGUCGCCUACAACGAGAAGAUCGUUGCCUUCCUGAGGCAGCCGAACAUAUUCGAGAUCCUGCAGGAGAGACAGCCGGAGUUCAACAGGAAUCAUUCACUCAGGGAGAAGAUUCAGUUCAUCCGCAACGAAGGAGCGGCCGGCCUGGUGCGUCUCUCCAGCGAUGCGGAUCUGGUCAUCCUGCUCAGCCUCUUCGAAGAGGAAGUGAUGUCAUACGUGCCGUCUCAUGCCUUGCUGCACCCCAGCUACUGUCAGUCUCCGAGAGGCUCUCCGGCCUCGUCUCCGCAGAACUCGCCCGGCACACAGAGAGCCAACGCCCGUGCUCCUGCACCUUACAAACGAGACUUUGAGGCCAAACUACGCAACUUCUACCGCAAGCUCGAGACAAAGGGCUACGGACAGGGUCCCGGGAAGGUCAAGCUGAUCAUGCGCAGAGACCACCUGCUGGAAGACGCCUUCAAUCAGAUCAUGUGCUACUCCAGGAAGGACCUCCAACGAAGUAAACUUUACGUCAGCUUCGUCGGAGAGGAAGGGCUGGACUACAGCGGCCCUUCCAGAGAAUUUUUCUUCCUGGUGUCCCGUGAGCUCUUCAACCCUUACUACGGUCUGUUCGAGUACUCGGCCAACGACACCUACACCGUCCAGAUCAGCCCCAUGUCCGCCUUCGUCGACAACCAUCACGAAUGGUUUCGUUUCAGUGGCCGAAUCCUGGGUCUGGCUCUCAUACACCAGUACCUGCUCGACGCCUUCUUCACACGCCCUUUCUAUAAAGGACUGCUGCGCAUUCCGUGUGAUCUGAGUGAUUUAGAGUACCUGGAUGAAGAAUUCCAUCAGAGCCUGCAGUGGAUGAAGGACAACGACAUAGAGGACAUGCUGGACCUCACCUUCACAGUAAACGAGGAGGUGUUCGGACAGAUCACGGAGCGCGAGCUGAAACCUGGCGGUGCCAACAUCCCAGUGUCGGAGAAGAACAAGAAGGAGUACAUCGAGCGCAUGGUGAAGUGGAGGAUAGAGAGGGGCGUGGUCCAGCAGACUGAGAGUUUGGUGCGGGGCUUCUAUGAGGUGGUGGAUGCUCGACUCGUGUCCGUGUUCGAUGCGCGGGAGUUGGAGCUGGUGAUUGCCGGAACAGCAGAGAUCGAUCUGGCAGACUGGAGGAAUAAUACGGAAUAUCGAGGAGGUUACCACGACAACCACAUCGUCAUUCGCUGGUUCUGGGCGGCGGUGGAGAGAUUUAACAACGAGCAGAGGCUGAGGCUGCUUCAGUUUGUGACAGGAACAUCCAGCAUUCCGUAUGAGGGCUUCGCCUCACUCAGGGGUAGCAACGGCCCUCGUCGCUUCUGCGUGGAGAAAUGGGGCAAGAUCACCUCGUUACCCAGGGCUCACACGUGCUUUAAUCGGCUCGACCUGCCUCCGUACCCGUCCUUCUCCAUGCUGUACGAGAAGCUGCUGACCGCCGUGGAGGAGACCAGCACUUUCGGCUUGGAGUGAAGUGGAACAUGCCAGCCUAGAGCAUUCUUCGGGAAUUUAGGACGACCUUUAGGGGCUAAAACUACUAAGAUGGAGCGGAGAAACACCUCUGGGAGGUGCUACAAUCCUCAGAGAGCUGUGUGUCGGGGUUAGAUGAUGCCUUUUACUUGAGCGUGGAUCAUGAGGCCUGAAUUUGUGCUGGAGUGAGCACAUGACGAGUGGUUGGAUUGGAUGACCCUGUGCUGCCGUGCUGAGUGACGUGGAUCUGCUCGGAUGUGUUGUAACUCCUGGUGGAAGCGCCGGUCCCGCCGUCCGAAUACUUCUGCAAACGUCUUUUUUUAUAAACGGCUUCGUCUCAAAUGCCGCCGCUCUCUUAGGUCCGCUCAAGCGUCGCGUGCUAUAGAUAUAUCUCAGUUUGUUGGUCGAACGCACAUUUCUACAUGGUUAGCUACCGUAUAUUUAUGCCUCAUACACGAUUCUUUGGGUUAUUCAGUUACAAAACAUCCACUAGAUGGCGUGAGAUGAGGAUGAUGCAGCACCUAGACCUAAACAUCUGCUCCAAACAAAGCGUCUCAAAGAACGGAUGAAGGUUCUGCUUAAUAAUGCAGGAUCAAUCUCUGAAUACGGCAGCCAACGUACACGAUAUUACCAAAAGUGUUUGGACACCCCUCCUGAAUUAUUGAGUAGAAGUAUUGAAUUGUUUAACCCAGUUUGGAGCUUGCUGCUCCACUAUGACAUGGUUCAGCGGGGUUGUAGUGAAGAGGAGGAACCCGGGGUGUCCACACAAAUAAGAUGCAAAAACAAUGACAUGUAAAUAAGGGUUAAUUUAUGCAAAUAGCUCUGGGGUUCUGGCAAAGUAACACACACACACACACACACACACACACGCACAGUUUAAAAUUAUUUAUUGCUUGGAAAGUUAAGAAGUGAUAAACACCAGACGUCUCUGACUGCAGCCAGGAAACUGCUUAUGCUUUAGUCGACAUUUAUUAUAUGGAUGAUAGUGUAUUUACAGACGUAUUUGGCUAUGUCUGGGGAUUGAGUAUGUAGUAUCAAAUCCAGCUCUGCCUCACCGGUUCGAGGCUGGGUGGCUGUACGAGCAACGAUUGGGCGGUUUCUCAUAUGGGGGGUGGGACAAAGAACCGGAUGUGGGUCUCCGGCUGAUUAGAGGCGCCUGCACAAGAGAUGAGGAAGAGCGCCCUUAGGGUGCGUCUCUCCGCAUGCGACGCUAGGUGGCACCAAACUCAUCGAUGUGCGAGUGGCAAAGAUGCAUCCGGCUGCUGCUCGUGUUUCGGAGGGGAUACGGGUCAGCUUCGAUCUCCUCGGUCAGGACGGGGUUCGGCAUAGACAGAGAGGAAGCGCGAUGCAAAAUUGAACAAUUGGAUGCGCUAAAAGGGGGGGAAAAAACAAUAAUAAAAAAAUAAUAAUAAUACGUGCGCUCCGGGAAGGAGGCUGUUCGAAAUCCUAGAUGCCUUUAUAUGUUGUCUAGUAAGGUAUCUUAAAAUUUCAACGCUAUUUUGACUCAAGAACGAGGGAGCAUCCGAUGCUGCCUCACCUCCCUAGGUUUUUCGAACACACUCGUGUCACGAGGGGCAGCCAGCGUAAAAACCGCCAAAUCAAGUAUGCAGAUCAGAAUGAUGCACUUUUAUACACACUACGUUGGGUUGUUUUUAGUCACGUGAGACUCAAAGACACAAAUUUUGGUUGGCACGUUUGUUCACAAACCCAAUUUUAGCAAAUCAGGGCCUUCAGUGCAGCAGGUGGAUCGUUUUUCAAACAUCUCAAGAACAUUUAGGAACUACCCACCAGUCAAAUUUCAGUUCUGAAGUGUUAAUAAAGGCGUAGCGGCGGCGCACAAGCUUUGCUUUUCUAAUUCACCUUUUCUGAAGGAACAUGAUGAAGAACGUCGUCUUCAUCCCAGCUUGCACUUACAUUCCCUGGAUUUCUAGCAACACUGCCGUCCCAUGCGUGGAUCUUAUGCUUAUCGCGAUUACUGAAUGUUUUUAUAAUCGAGGUCUGAUAAAAACUGUUCAGACAGGCCGGAUGGAACUUGGAAGAAACUCUCGAACCUGUUAAGAUUGUUGGUUUAUUGUAGUGUGCCUCAAUCAUGGAUCCACCUCCACCCCUCUACCCAAAUUAUGCUAUUUCAUGUCCAUGUUUCUACUUGCACUGAAUGUACCAAAGGUUUCGGGAUGGCUCAGGCCCUCCCAACACACCUCUUUUGUUCUCGGUUUGAGAAUUUGUUAGACUAUCACCUUUCAUAUAUGCUUCUUGAAUUUUGCAUCAUGUGUAAAUCUGUUCACUGCACUCAUUUUACACCAGAAAGUAAAGAAUUGGUGGAGAAAUGUCGACCGUA